AUGUCUCUCGUCAACCUCGCCCAUGUGUGCUCUCAUCUGAAUAAUGCCACUAAGGCCCGUCUGGGUCUUACAUCCAUCCCCAACAGCAACCUUCACCUGAAGCUGUGCCAGGCUCUCCAGAACUCCGGCUACAUCUCCUCCGUCGUCCGCGGAGGCCCAACACCUCCCCCAGCACACCCAAUUCUGGGUUUCCCAACAGCCAGUGAUGAAGUUGAGGGCGUGGAAGCCAUCACUCGGGACAAUGUCGCGUCUAGACGUCUCUGGCUAGGUCUGAAGUACUGGCGCAAUGAGGCCGUCCUCGGAAAAGUUAGUAUGAUCAGCAAACCGAAACGUCGUGUCAACCUCAACGUUGAGGACCUGCGACUCAUUGUUCGUGGUUACGAAGGAAAGCACGUUGCCGGUCUCCGGUCGCCUGGUGAGAGUCUCUACCUCUCCACAGAUCGAGGUAUCCUGGAGGCGCGCGAGUGCGUGGAGAAGAAGAUUGGAGGUCUGGUUCUCUGUCGCGUGGCAUAA